CGUUUCCGAAAGUUCCCCGGAUGAAGUUGUGAUUGACUGUUACACGGCUAAGAAGUUGAGCUCUAGUCGAGAGGUGGUUCUGCAGCCCGUGUGUUCUUAGGAAGGCAGAAUGCAGACCAUGAAGUGUGUAGUGGUGGGGGACGGUGCUGUGGGUAAAACAUGCCUCCUCAUCUCCUACACCACCAAUGCUUUCCCAGAGGAGUACAUCCCCACCGUGUUCGACAACUACAGCGCCCAGAUGACGGUAGAUGGUCGCAGCAUCAGCCUCAACCUGUGGGACACAGCCGGACAAGAGGAGUACGACCGCCUCCGUACUCUCUCCUACCCCCAAUCCAACGUCUUCGUCAUCUGUUUCUCCAUCGGGAGUCCUUCCUCCCACGCCAACGUCCGCCACAAGUGGCACCCGGAGGUGUCUCACCACUGCCCCAGCGUGCCCAUCCUCCUAGUGGGGACCAAGAGGGACCUGAGGAGUGAUGGGGAGACAGUGAAGAAGCUGAAGGAGCAGGGUUUAGCUCCCACCACACAGCAACAGGGGAACAGCAUGGCUAAGCAGAUAGGAGCGGUGAAGUACAUGGAGUGUUCUGCUCUGACACAGGAAGGGGUCAGGGAAGUGUUCAGCGAGGCAGUACGGGUCGUGUUGUAUCCCAUUACCAAAAAGAAUGCCAAGAAGUGUGUACUGUUGUAAUGGAAUGGGUUGGUGACUGGGACACGGAUGGAGAGAGUGAGGAGAAAAGACUGGAGAGAGACUAUGACGGGGAGCAAGUUUGAGUUUGUUGGAGGAGAUGGACUCAGGCCCCUCUGCCUGUAAAGACUCUUGAUUCAGCUCACUUCUCUCCUUCCUCCAGUACCCUCAAAAUCAAAUCAGGACCUCAAAGCCAGUUCCACUGCAUUUAUUUUGUUCCUUCUUACUCUCUAAUCAGGGAAAGCUUUAGACCUGGGACACCAGGUGUGAGCAAUUCAUAAUCCGGCAGAACUGAAAACCAGUUGUAGUCUGGACCUCGUAGGGUCAGAGUUGAAUACCCUGUCUCUAUUCUUUUCCUCUCUUGCAGAGUUUAAUCCACUUCUCAUUGUAUCACCAAAGUGACUAUGCCAACAGAGCUGCAGGGGAGCUCCCCAGUCUGCUCAAACUCCUAAUAAUAUUAUCUAUUGAUAUCACUUGAUUUGUAGCAAUGUUCGAAAAGAUGCUUCUGCCUUAGCUAAUACAAUCGGUCUAUUUUGUUUUGUGCAAUCCCUUCUUGUUAAGAUGUUCCAUAAUGACAGAUCCCCAACCUGAUAGAGCUGGAGAGACGAGCUCUGCUUUAGUAUAAAGGUAUCCACUCCCUCCAUCACAGCCUAUCCAGUCAGCUAUUCAGGAUACCCAUCGAGUACUGUUGAAACCACACCUGGAAAUAGCCUAUAGGUUUUGGGCAUCUUGUUUUGUGCAGCUCUCUGCUUUAGCUAGGUGUCCAGUUUGCCUUCUUAAUUUACCUCCAAAUGACCCUAAACCUUCUUAAUUUACCUCCAAAUGACCCUAAACCUUCUUAAUUUACCUCCAAAUGACCUUAAACCUUCUUAAUUUACCUCCAAAUGACCCUAAACCUUCUUAAUUUACCUUCAAAUGACCCUAAACCUAUUUAAUUUACCUCCAAAUGACCCUAAACCUAUUUAAUUUACCUCCAAAUGACCCUAAACCUUCUUAAUUUACCUUCAAAUGACCCUAAACCUAUUUAAUUUACCUCCAAAUGACCCUAAACCUAUUUAAUUUACCUUCAAAUGGACAUUAGCCUAAUGCAAUUAUGAUGCAAGGGCCAAAUCAACGAGGUUGUGGGCAGACAUUUUAAAAUCAAUGAAUCGAAUGGUUGGAUGAAUGUUGUGAGUUUUUAUGAUUAAUGCUGACAAGAAUGAUGGAACGACAGAGAUAUCAGAUUGUUGGUUCCGGUUAUUUAUGCAAAUGACAUUUUAUGUGCCUUAUUGUAUGAUAUUUGAUUUUUAAAUUUUAUCUACCUUUUAAAAAAAAAUGUAGAUGUACAUGCAUUAGAUCCCAAAAUGAUUGUAUUAGAAAUAUGUUGUGUGUACUAGUCUCUGGGAGUAACUCCACAUUACAUCCUCUCAGAAGAACCUAAGCUUCUUUCAGAAGGUGCCAUGAAACAAAUCUUUUGAUUUGACGCGACGUUUCCUCCCUUUGGGGCCGACGCGGAACCGACACGGAACCGGAUGUAGAGCUGACAUCAGAGAGGUGGUGUGGGUGUUGUGGUGUGAACUUGUGUUCACAGCCUUCAGCGUUUGCCACUAGAAUGUGAUUUAUGCUACAGCCUAUAGGAUGCUGGUAAAUGAGUGGUGGGGUGAUAACUGACAACGGCAGCAGGAAGUAGGGCUCAGAUUCCAAUAACUGUACAUUGUUUAGGCUUGUCUUUUUAUUUCUGCAUCUUUUUAUUAAAUGAAUGAACCAUG